AGUAUGUACCAGUAUAUGCAUCAGAAAAGCGAGAUUCUCGCACGAUUCAAUCUACUUCAACCGUGUUUCUAAUCGUUUAUCAGAAAAAAUUUGCGUUCAAGCAGAAUGAAUCUAAAAUCAUUUAAGAACUGACGAGUUCUAAGUUUUCAAUGCAGUAUAAGAAAAUGACCAUUCGAGGCGGUAUUACGUGUCUGCUGUUGCUCAGUAAUAUAUUGAAUACACUACAAAGCUCAGCAGAAGCCGAAAUUACCAACGAAUGGCGGAUCGUGAAUGGGAUAGAUGGUAGCAUCGACGAAAUGCCCUCCAUCGUUUCUAUCCGAGUAAACCAUAAGCACGCCUGUGGUGGCACUGUUCUAACCCAACAUUGGAUCUUGUCCGCUGCUCACUGCUUUCUUGUAAUCCCGGAGGCGCGGCUACUAACGGUUCUAGCAGGAAAAACUAAGAUAUCGCCGUCGGCGGACAACAUGGUGCACGAGGUUUCACACUUCAUUAAUCAUCCCGAUUUCCACGCGAACUUUCUCGAUAAUGAUGUUUCCUUACUGAAACUGGCUACACCGUUGAGUUUCUCGAAGGUUAUUCAACCCGUGAGAUUACCAGGAGUUUGCGCAGAGGUCGUCUGGCAUGGUAUGAGCGUUAGAGUUGGUGGAUGGGGACUAGUCAACGAAUCGCAUAUGCCGGAAGUUCUACAAUUCCUUGAUUACUAUGUCAUCCCAAAUGAAGAGUGCAGAUCAUUUCAUCAUCAUCCGAUCUACGAUACCAACAUCUGUGCCGUACAUCCUCAUGGUGGUAAGGCAGAAUGUAAUGGUGACUCGGGCGGUCCGUUGAUGCAUAACGGUGUGCAAGUUGGGAUUGUCUCUUGGAAUACAAAGCCGUGUGGUGGAGGAAACCCUGGUAUAUUUACCAAAGUAUCUAACUUUAUAAGAUUCAUUUACAUGCACACAGACCUGGAUAUGGACACCGUGCAAUUUGCUCAAUGUCCCUUAAUGAGUAAACCAACAUGUGAGCGCUGUUAUGACCGUCUGUCAAAGGGAACCAAGCAUAUUUGUAAUAAGGUGGUGAGCACUAUUUAAGAUUUCUAGACGUACAAAGGCUUCAGUUGAUAAAUCGAAUAAAUCUUCAUUGGCUCCAGCGAUCUA